GUAAUCAAAUAACUUUGCACUUAACCACACCGCAAACAUCGUAAAAAAGCAGCACAUUCCAUCUACUUGAUCACUCUGCGUGAAUGGCUCGGUACAGACUCUGGGCUGGACAAGCACUGCUCUCGGCGUAUCAGUCCCGCGGGUGUACAUUAUUUUUAAAACUUUCACCCCUGCUUGCGGGACGCAGAACAUCGCAUCGAGCGGAACUGCAGUCGGCAUCCGAUACGGUGCCCGUGAGAGUGUGGUAGCGAACAAGUGGCGAAGAUCGCGAAUCGCGUUAUGUGGUCGUGGCCAGUCGUGCUGUUCUUGCUGUGGGUGCAGGCCGAGUCCGGUUCCGGUGUGCGCGGCUCGACGCAGCUACGAUUUCCGUACAGCAGCACCAACUUCAGCCUCAGCCUGUACAAGGCGGCCUUCCGGGCGGAGCAGAAUGUGGUCGUUGCUCCGUUCACGUUGCAGAACAGCAUCGCCAUGCUGUACUCGAUCGCAACGGGGACGACGCGCGAUCGGCUACGCGAGGUGUUUGGGUUGUCGUCCAACUUUACCGAGUUUAUCAUCAAACAGAAGCUGUUGCACUACACGCUGAGUGACGUUGGCGGUUCGGAGGGUUUCCGCCUGAAGAACCGCAUCAUCGUGAACGGAUUCCGCGAGGUGGACGCCCGGAUGCGCACCAUCAUGCACGAGGAUCUCGACACGGUGCUCAUGUACUUCGACUUUGCCCAACGCGAGGGCGUCGUUCGGAGGGCCAAUCACUUCCUCAGCAUGCGCACGAACGGGCUCAUCCGGGACACACUGUUCCUGGGUGAUGUGCCGCGCCAUUUGCAGCUGAUCCAGCUUAGUACCGGCUCGUUCCGGCCCCCGUUUGCGAGUGGGUUCGAUGCGCGGGACACGAUCGCGCGCGACUUCCGGACCGGAUGGAUCGAGAAGCUCUACCAGACGACCACCAUGUUUAAGGAGGGCGAUUUUCGCUUCGCCCGCAUCCCGGAGCUGGAGAUCGAGGUGCUGGAGCUGCCGUUCCACGCGCGCAGCGAUUCGGUGCUGUGGAUCAUGCUGCCCGAUCGUGAUGCCGAGCUGGAGCGCAUCGUGAAAGCACUGGAACCGGAACACUUUGACGCGAUCUACGCACACUUCAGCAUGAAACGUGCCAGCAUUGUGGUGCCCGUGUUCUCGAUCAAGACCGAGUUCAAUGCUACCGACUUCCUGCGGAAUACGAUCGGACUGGAUGCGCUGUUUCGGAUGCGGGAGCUGCGCUUCUUCGACGAUCACGAUUCCGCACUGGACGGGGUGAUGCAUCGGGCGGCCAUUUCCGUUCAUGAGCAGUCGGCAGAGGCCGGCGGUAUCGCGACGGUGCACAGCUUCAGCAAACGGAGUGCACCGGCGUCCUCGUACCAAUUCUACGUCGGUCGCUCGUUUCUGUUUGCGCUCUUAAAAAAAUCCACCAAGCAGCUUCUGUUCAUUGGCCACCUUUACAGGCCACACGAUCUGGUGGAGGUGUGCUCACCAAACAUUAUUAUUAUUAUGGUGUUCUCCGGCCUGUUGGCCUCCUGUGUGGCCAUCGAUCUACCCCCUGAUCCUACGACAGACGACGCGAUUGUUGCGGCGAACAAUCAAUUUUCGCUCGGCUACUUCAAGGCCUGCUACGAUGAGAAGUGCAACAGUGUUGUCUCGCCGUACCACGUGCGGUUGGCGCUCUCCAUGUUCUACCCGGUAGCCGGUGCGGCCGUGCAGGAAGACUUCCAGGUCGCGUUCGGAUUGCCCCCGGAUGUGCAGGCUACCAUCGAGCAGCAGAAACGGUUGGCCACACAGCUGCACGACGGACGGCAUCUGAAGGCACUGUCGUUCGUGCUGAUCGAGGAGACCCGGCCGCUAGCGAGUGAGUUCAAGCGAUUGUUUACGGAAACCUUCCAGACGACGCUCGAGCCAGUCGAUCUUACGGACGACAUUCCGUCUGCGUUGGCAGUCAAUUCGUUCUACCAGCGGGCACAAACCGAAAUCGAGGACUUUAUCAGCGAGGGUGAUGUCUUCUCGCUGCCUCCUUGCUUCAGCCUGAUGCUGUUCAGUGGUGUGUCCGUCCUGACACCGCUUGCCGUUCGGUUCGAUGCCGCGGACACCGCGAUGGAGGUGUUUCAAUUUGUGAAUGCUCCCUCGCAGCGGGUUCCAAUGAUGCACACGAAAGCCCUCAUUCGCUGGUGCCAGCACAACGAGCUCGGGUGCACGGUUGCCGAAGUUCCAUUCGAUGUCGCCAGCGGACUAUCGCUGCUCGUGCUACUACCGGACGAAGGCACGGAACUGCGCCAGAUCGUGACCGGUAUCAGCACCGUCCACCUGGCCCAAAUUGAUGAACGUCUGCAGCACACCUGGACCGAUUUGAAGCUGCCAAAGUUUUUCGUCCGGGAGAAAACCGAACCCAAGACGAUCCUUGGCAAGCUGGGCUACGGCGGAGUGUUCGAGAUAGACGAUUUGCGCGUGUUUCACGACACAGGACGAACGCGUCUUAACGGGUUCUUCCAGCACUGUUACAUGGCAGUGAACGAAGGUGGCGGCGAAAUUCCCGGACCCGUACCCGCAACCCCACCUACUGAGUGUAGUUUCCAUGGCAACCGUCCCUUCGCCUUUCUCGUACGCCGCACAGUGGACGGCAAUGUGUUACAGUUAGGCAACUAUUCGAAAUACAUUGAUCCCGACGAACAGUUCUGAACCGUGGGAUGAAAAAAACUGAA